AUGACUUUUCAUAAGUUGUACAAUGGCUUUCUUCAAGACCUUCAGAUUUCUGUUAUUAAGUUUGAACCCAUUAUCUUCUUAGAAAAAGAAGAAGAAGCAAUCCAACAAGGCAUCAAUAACAUUGUAUUUGCAGCACAAAUGAAACAUAAGAAUUUUCUUAAGUUGAUUGGAUGUUGUUUAGAAACUCAAUUUCCCAUUCUAGUUUUUGAUUCCGUUGGAUGUACGACCCUUGCUGAUCGUAUUUUGGGUCAUUCUCAACCCCAUAUUGGACCUUUAUUGUUGAAACUCAGGUUAAAGAUUGCAAUGGAGAUGGCUAAUGCACUUGCAUAUCUUCACUUUGGAUUCCCUAGACCUAUUGUUCUUUUAAGUCUCUCACCAUGGAGCAUUUUACUAGAUGAGCAAUAUUUUGUAAAACUAUUUGAUUUUUCAGUAUCUGAGUUUAUUCCAGAGGGUAAAACUCACUUGGAAAGCCCUUGGCUGACAAGAAUAAGGCGUGAAUAUGAUCCACCUGAGUUUUUACUUGGAAAGGAUCAGAAUAAGAAGACUACUUGCAAUGAGAAGGUUGAUGUCUAUGACUUUGGUGCAUGCCUGUUUACGCUUUUGAGUGGACAUAAAUUUUAUCACUUUCUCCUGAAUAAAGUUUUUCAGAUGAAAGAUAUUGGACCUGAUAAUCUAAAUGACAUAAUAGAUCCAGUAAUUAUUGGGGAGGGAAUAUGUUCGAUAAAAGAACAACAAUUGCUAGCUCUUGCAAGGCUAGUGUCGGAAUGUCUCUCUCCUGAACCAGAAGAUAGGCCAAAUAUGAUAGAUGUGGCAAAGCAACUCAAACAAAUGUACAAGUCUAGUUAG